AUGGCAUCCACGUACGAUGGAACCGGCAUUCGGUAUUUGGAAUCGAGGGAUUUCACCUUUCACACGGGCGCCACUCUCCCGUCAGUACGUCUGGCAUAUCGAGAGUUCAACCCCACAAGUCAGAAAACCGCCUUGAUCUCAACAUGCUUCCUCGGCAGAAUCAACAGUACGAUGAAUUUCACCAAUGGAGCACUUCGCAAUCACCGAGUGAUUGUAGUCGCCCUUUUUGGCAACGGUGAAUCUGCUAGCCCAUCCAAUACGCCUGAUUUCCCCCACCUUGACUAUCGGGACUGUGUCAGGGCCCAGUAUAAGUUAAUCAAUCACUUGCAGAUUGCUUCUCUGGAUGUUAUACUGGGAUUCUCAAUGGCCGGGCAAAACGCCUACUAUUGGCUUGCCUUAUACCCUCAAAUAGUCCACAGCGCGGUCAUUAUCUGCUCGGCGGCUAAAACCAGCCUACAUAACUACCAGUUCCUGGAAGGUCCUAAAAAUGCACUUCUAAACUCGGUUGAUUAUAACGAUAGCUCUUUUCAAUCCGAGGGCAAACAACCAAUUCGAGGUCUACACGCAUUUUCACAGGCAUACUCCGCUUGGCUAGCUAGUGCUGAGUGGUUUGAGGACCGUAUGUUUGAAAAGUUUGGCCAUAAAACGUUAGGAGACUGGGCUGCCGCUGGCGAGAAAGUGUACGAAGAUUGGCACCCGGAUGAUCUACUCGCCUUACUUGGAAUGUGGCAGCGGUCAGAUCUUAGCGCUGUGGUCGGAUCGGGGUCCCUUGAAGAUGCCCUCCGCACUUUGACCAGCAGGGUUCUCCUCAUGCCUUGCCGAACUGAUCAGUACUUCAAAUGGGAGGCUAGCGGGAAAGAAGUAAUGUGUCUACAGAAGGGAGAAAUAGCGGUGAUCCCAUCAAUCUGGGGUCAUAUGGCGGGAGGCGGCUCUAACCAGACCGAUGACGAGUGGAUGGAUGACAGGAUCACUAAAUUCCUCAAUUGUAGUACUUCGGGCUCCACUUAUUGA